CUCGCGCUCCCCUCUCUCCAGACUCGUAUCUCUCCACUCGCUCCCCUCCCUCCCUCUUCCUCCCCGAGCCGCUAUAAAAAGAGGAGCCGCUCCGAACCGCAGCUUCAUCCGCUCGAUCUCCGGCCGAAGCAUCAGCAUCAUCGUCAGCAGCAUCAGCAGCAGCAUCAUCGUCAGAGAUGGGGAAGCGCGUGGCUGUGUUGCUGGCGGGGUGCGGGGCCUAUGACGGAAGCGAAAUCCACGAAGCGUCCGCGGCCCUCGUUCACCUGAGCAGAGCGGGAGCCGAGGUGACGGUGUUCGCCCCGGACGUGUCGCAGCAGCACGUGGUGGACCACGCGAGCGGCAAGGAGCAGAGCGGGGAGACGGAGCGGAACGUGUUGCGCGAGAGUUCGCGCAUCGCGCGCGGCGCCGCGCGGGACCUGGCGCAGCUCCGCGUCGCCGACUUCGACGCGCUGCUCGUGCCCGGUGGGUUCGGCGUGGCCAAGAACCUGAGCUCGUGGGCCUCCGAGGGCGCUCGCUGCUCGCUGCUGCCGGGCGUGGAGGCGGCGCUGCGCGCCUUCAGGGAGGCGGACAAACCCGUGGCGCUCUGCUGCAUCGCCCCCGUGCUGGCCGCGAGGCUCUUCCCGGGAUGCGAGCUCACGGUCGGGGGCGACAGCGAGCAGGGGGGCAGGUUCCCCUACGCGGGCACGGCCGCCGCCAUCCGCGAGCUGGGCUGCACGCACGUGUGCACGGACGUGGGCGAGGCGCACGUGGACACCAAGCUGAAGAUCGUGACCACGAGCGCCUUCAUGUGCGCCACGGCGCCCAUCCACCACGUGUACGACGGCGUCGGCGUCAUGGUGCAGGAGAUGCUCAAGCUCGCGUGAGCGGGCUGGGGGAGGGGGCCAGGGGAGGGGUGAGGGGGGCGGUGGUCAGAAGGUGGGGGCGCUGGUGACCCCCACCCCCCCCCCCCCCCAUUCUCUCUUCCUCUGACCAAGAUCCUCUUCAGUUGACCCAUACCUUGUCUCGUCCGCUGACCCAGAUCGGCUCUCCAUCCUACAUACGUGUUAUUUGGACACCCAUGUAGGAUUGACAGCAACAGGAAAAUGUUUAAGUGUGUUUGUUGUUGUUGUUGAUGUCGUUCGGAAAAAAACGGAAGGAAUCGGAAAGAGAGGAACACCUAGCAGACACCGCCUUGACCACGACGACAUCAGAGAUUGGUGCCAGAAAGAUGUGGCACACUACAUGAGCGUAUCGUCACAAGACAGAGAGGAAAGUGGAAACAAAUGACGAUUUGUCCAGUCGACACCUACGGACUAUAUGCCCAUGGAUCGUGAUGAUGGUGAUGAUGACGAUGAUGAACCUGGUCACGACUGUGUUUAGUGUUGCUGUUGCUGCUGUCUGCGUCUUUGCUUCUCGUGAAUAAAUUUGUUGCGCCGCACCGAA